AUGAAUUUGAUCAAAGCAUUCCAACCCACAAGCAAUAGAAACUCAUUCUUGAGUUUGUUGUUCGUUCAAAGUAGAACUUACUCAACCACACACCACAAACAUCCAACAGGUCACCAUCACAGUCACAUUCAUACUGAGAGUAGCACAAAGAAGGAGCAAUCAAGUAAACCAACUGCCUCCUCUAAGAAAGCUGGUACUAAUAUAACUGAUACUCCUGUGAGUAUUUUCGAGCAACCAGAAGUUGAUAUCAAUGAGAGAAGUACUGAACCUCUUCCAUGGGACAGAGAAAGAGAAGGUAAAAUACUCGAGAAGAAACUCUCUGAUAUUGAUGAAAUCAAAUGGAGAGAAGCAGAGGAUAGACAAAUUGGAUCCAUUAUCUAUAGAAGAGCAGAGGAGGUCUGUAUUGAAAAUCAUGAUCAUGCUCUGCCACAACCACCAGUUGAUGUUUCUCAACAAUAUGUCAAUGACGAUAAGCCACUUGAUAAGUAA